AUGUCGGGGUGGGACGAGGGAGAGAUAUACUACAGCGACCAGGCGCAGUUCCCUCCCGGAGGUGGCUCCUCCGGUGACCAGGCUCAUGGGACUAGCCGGCACGCGGCGUUGCAGAAAUUCAAAGAAUUCAUAAGGAAUUUUCAAUGCAAGACCCAGCCGAACGUUUUUCCCUACAGAGAGGCCCUUGUGGCGGAUCAUAAGUGCCUCCUCAUCAACCUCGCCGAUCUCAUCUCCUACGACUCCGACCAAACACUGCCUCAACUUCUCCGCCAGAACCCUGCUGACUAUCUACCCCUCUUUGAAACUGCAGCAGCAGAAGUUCUGUCGAGUUUGAGAUCAAGGGUAUCUGGAGAGACUGGGGAAAUGGAAGAGCCAGAGACUGGUGAGGUGCAGAUACUGUUGAGGUCAGACCAGGAUCCGGUCUCAAUACGUUCGCUAGGGGCCCAAUAUAUUUCCAAGCUGGUUAAGAUAUCUGGAAUCGUCAUUGCUGCAUCAAGGACUAAGGCAAAGGCUACAUAUGUGACAUUGUUGUGUAAGAACUGUAAGAAUGUAAGGGUUGUUCCAUGCCGUCCAGGGCUUGGAGGAGCAAUUGUGCCACGUUCUUGUGAUCAUGUCCCUCAGCCUGGGGAAGAUCCAUGCCCAAUUGAUCCAUGGAUUGUGGUUCCAGAUAAAAGCAAGUAUGUUGAUCAACAAACGCUGAAAUUGCAGGAAAAUCCUGAGGAUGUCCCCACAGGGGAAUUACCAAGGAACAUGCUUCUAUCUAUCGACCGCCAGCUUGUGCAAACAAUUGUGCCUGGGACAAGAUUGACUAUCAUGGGAAUUUAUAGCAUCUUUCAAGCUGCCAAUUCAUCAACAUCCCAUAAAGGAGCAGUUGCAGUUAGGCAGCCUUACAUCAGGGUUGUUGGAUUAGAAGAAACUUCCGAGGCUAAUUCACGGGGUCCAACCAACUUCAGUAGAGAUGAUAUUGAAGAAUUUAAAAAAUUCGCAUCAGAUAAUAAUGCAUAUGAAAACAUAUGCUCCAAAAUUGCUCCCUCAAUAUUUGGUCAUUCUGAUGUGAAGAAGGCUGUUGCUUGCCUUUUGUUUGGAGGUUCCAGGAAGGCAUUGCCUGAUGGUGUAAAACUAAGAGGCGAUAUUAAUGUGUUGCUCUUGGGUGAUCCAUCUACAGCCAAAUCACAGUUUCUCAAGUUUGUUGAGAAGACAGCUCCAAUAGCUGUAUAUACUUCUGGGAAAGGAUCAUCUGCUGCUGGUCUCACUGCUUCUGUAAUUCGUGACAAUAGCUCGAGAGAGUUCUAUCUAGAAGGAGGAGCCAUGGUCUUGGCAGAUGGAGGUGUUGUUUGCAUUGAUGAAUUUGACAAAAUGAGGGCAGAAGACAGGGUUGCCAUUCAUGAAGCGAUGGAGCAGCAAACUAUCUCUAUUGCUAAAGCAGGAAUAACAACUGUUCUCAAUUCAAGGACAUCAGUGCUUGCAGCAGCCAACCCUCCAUCUGGGCGCUACGAUGAUCUCAAGACUGCACAAGAUAACAUUGACUUGCAGACCACAAUUCUUUCAAGAUUUGAUUUAAUUUUCAUUGUGAAAGACAUCAGAAUGUAUGCACAAGACAAGAAUAUUGCCAGCCACAUCAUCAAAGUUCAUGCAUCUGCCAGUGCAACCACAAAUGACACGAGGACUUCCAAAGAGGAUAACUGGUUGAAGAGGUAUAUACACUAUUGUCGAACUGAAUGCCAUCCCCGUCUCUCAGAAUCUGCAGCAUCAAUGUUGCAGCAGAGUUAUGUGAAAAUUAGACAGGAUAUGAGACGACAAGCAAAUGAAACUGGGGAGGCAGCUGCAAUACCAAUUACAGUUAGGCAGCUGGAAGCUAUUGUGAGAUUGAGCGAAGCACUGGCCAAAAUGAGACUGUCGCACGUCGCAAAUGAUAACCAUGUUCUGGAAGCCAUCAGGCUGUUCAACAACGCUACAAUGGAUGCAGCACGUUCUGGAAUAAAUCAACAUAUAAAUCUUACUCCCGAGAUGGCAAACGAGAUAAAGCAAGCGGAAACUCAAAUAAAGAGAAGAAUGGGGAUUGGAAGCCAUAUUUCAGAGAGACGACUGAUUGAUGAUCUUACAAGAAUGGGCAUGAAUGAAUCUAUUGUAAGAAGAGCUCUAUUGAUUAUGCAUCAAAGAGAUGAAGUAGAAUACAAGAGAGAAAGGAGAGUUAUUGUUCGUAAAGCUUAA